AAUAAUAAUAAUAAUAAUAAUCAUGUGCUCAGUAAUGACUAGAUUCAAGAGGUAUUUUCUUGAGUUCUAGUGAGAAGCCAUAACCAACCUUCAUACAAUCAUUGUCAACCCAAUGUGGAGAAUUAUAACCGAAUGGAAACUAAAUUUUAAAAUAAUUUGACUAUUAUGAUAUAACUUCAUACAAUGAACAGUUUGAAAACAUUAUUUUCCAGACAAUAUAGUUACUUCUUUGGGCAAUUCAAAAUAGUUUUAUACUUUCUUACAAGAUGAUUUAUUGAAUUUAGCCAAUCAGAAUACAUUAGGCAAAGUUAUAUAUCUGUCUAAUCAUAACUCACUUACUAACUGACUGAUCAUGUAAUUCUAAAUAACAUAGAUUAGUUUCAGUCAAUAAACUCAAUUUUAUUAUACUUAUGAUUAAGUAACCAAUCAGAUAUUUACAUUCAUAUACUUUGGUUAACAUAAAUUGAAAAAAUUCAGAAAGUAUGAGACAGUUUCUCUUGAUUCCACUUCACUAUACAAGAAUGUCUAGUUCAAUGGAGGAGUUAAGAUAUUUAGCCAAUAAAUACCAGGUGGAUAUGGAUUCCAUCGAUUUCGCCAUAAAAUUAGACGAACAUGAUUUACUACACUCAUAUCAAUCAGAAUUUUAUUUACCAGACUAUAAAGAAGUAAUGAAAACAAUUCAAUCCAAUUUCACUGAAUCCAAUCCAUCUUUAACUGAUCUAAACGAUGAAAAUAAUUCAAAGAAAAUUAUAUACUUUUGUGGAAAUUCCAUGGGAUUACAACCAAAACGUUUACAUGCCUAUUUAGAUGGCAUAUUAAAUCAAUGGAGAAAUUUAGGUGUAUUAGCUUAUCAUUAUGGUGAAUUACCAGCAUCACAUUGUGAUCAACAAUUAUCGAUUGAUUGUGCUCAAUGGAUUGUUAACUCUAAACCAAAUGAAGUUACUAUUACUUGUAAUUUAACAGUAAAUAUGCAUACAUUAAUUGCAAAAUUCUAUAGACCAAAAGGUAAGAGAUGCUGUAUACUAAUUGAAGAUGGAAUCUUUCCAAGUGAUUAUUAUGUACUUGAAUCACAAAUAAAUUGGCAUGGUUUAAAUCCAAAUAAUUGUAUUAUUAAACUAAAACCACGUAUUAAUGAAUAUUGUUUAAGAAAUGAAGAUAUUUUACAAGAAAUUCAAAAAAAUCAACAUAGAAUUGCAUUGAUUUGGUUACCAGGAAUACAAUAUGUUACAGGACAAUUAUUUAAUAUGAAAUUAAUUACUGAAUGGGGUCAUCAAUAUUGUAAAUGUCCAGUAGGAUGGGAUUUAGCACAUGCUGUUGGUAAUAUUCCUUUAUAUUUACAUGAUUGGGAUGUUGAUAUGGCUGUAUGGUGUUCAUAUAAAUAUUUAAAUGGUAGUCCCGGUGCUAUUGGAGGAUUGUUUAUUCAUGAAAAACAUCAUCAUCAAGAAUCAAGUUAUGGACCGAAAUUUAAUGAAUUCAACAAUAUUAGUAGUAGUGAUAAUACAAUAAUUAAUGAUAUAUCUGGUCCUCAACUGACCGGUUGGUGGAGUCAUAGAACUGAAACACGAUUCAAUUAUACUGGAAAUAUGGAAUUAGCGAAAGGUGCCGAUGCCUAUCGAUUGUCAAAUCCACCAUUAUUAUUAGCUGCAGCUUUAACAGUUAGUAUCAGUAUUAUUAAAUCAUGUGGUGGUAUGAAUAAUUUAAGGGAGAAAUCAAUCAAACUAACUAAUUACCUUGAAUAUCUAAUUACACAGAGUUCAUUAGCUCUAAAUAGUGAUCGAUAUUGUAUAGUUACACCAUCGAGUUCAGAGGAACGUGGAGCACAGUUAACAUUGUAUUUUAAUCAUGUGAAGGUUGAGAAACUAUAUGAAAAUCUAUUGAGAUUAGGUGUAAUAUGUGAUUACAGACUACCAAAUUUCCUACGUAUUACACCGAUACCAUUGUAUAAUAGUUUUGAAGAUGUUUAUAUGUUUGUAAAAUAUCUUCGUCAAGCGUUGUAUGACACUGAAUCAGUUUAAUUUAUAUAUAUUUGUUUUAAAAAUACAAAGGAAUCAAAUAAAACCUUCAUAUUCUUUUUGUUUUCUGUAAAAAUUUAUUACCGGUCUCUGUGACAGUUUAUUUGAUACGUAAAAUCAGUUAAAUUGGUAUCCCACUACUUCUCCAUGCCUCAUUGACCUAGCUCAUAUUAGUAUACUGAGCUUUAGGCCACAACGCUUCAGUGAGUAGUAGCAAUGAUAGCUGACCACCCAAACCGAAAUAGAUUAUGCGAGAGUCAUAAUUACCACGUAUCGAGUUUGAAUAGUGAUUGGAUUUCAUUGGGGAAUUUGUUUCUAUUUCACAUCUUUACUCGACAGUAAAUUUUUAGUGUUGGCGGUAUGUAAUAUAUGUAGUAGAAAGGGUUUAGCCGAGUUUUGAUGACUCAUUUCUCCACAAAGUUUGUGUUAGUGAUGUUGUUUUCUUCUUCUGUACACCUCAUUGAAGAAAUGUAUCAAACAGAGAAGACUUAAAGCUUUGAGUAGCACUAGGUGUAAAGUUAAUAUUGGCUUGGAACUCUUCACCAAAGCAAAUUCACAAUUCCAUACAACGUAGAAAUCCGAAUCUUCAAGUCUUGAGGUGUGUUCUGUUUACUUGAAGUUCUCAGUUGGCAUGUAAUGUUUUAUAUCGCUGAAUUCAUUUGACACACCAUGUGGUGUUAAGAUUAUCCGAUUCUCUCAACUAUCUAUUUGUCUUACUUCUGAUCUGAUCUAAACCUAAUCUUUACAAACUUUCUGUUGAUAAGUCAAAUUUGCGAUCACUAGUAAUGAAUGUUAAGAUGGAUUUCUCAAGUUAUUACUGAGAAGCUAUGUUUAGACACGCCAGAAGUGAUAUAUUUGUUAUAUAUAGUGUUUAAUCAUGAUUAUGGUGCAUUAAAAGCUUAAAAAUAUUGCAGAACUGAAGAUCCCACACUGUUAUUGAGGUACAAAUGUAAACUAAAUAAGCUGUGCUAUGGAGUUUGGUUGUAGCUUAUAUUAAUUCUUUACGGUUUGAUUGUUUUAGAGAAAAGCAAUCAAUGAACCACAGAGUCAAAUUAGAACCAAAUUUAGGAUUAAUUAAUAUUCAAAGGCUAGAUGACUUUAAAUGAUACAUUUAUGUACAAGGCGUUAAAAAUCCGACACUUAUGUAUUUUCUUUGAUGUUUAUGUAAUAUCUUACCUUUGAGAAGAGAAGGGAAUCAACAAAAUGGUAUCAUGGUUUUAUAGUCUGUGCUGUAUCUAACGUUCCUGAUAAUGAAAACUUAAUGACACCUGUCGAUUGUAUGGCUUUUAUUUUAAUGGUAUGUUCGCGUGUAAUUAUAUAAAUAGAUGGAAAUCAUUUAAUGUAACAGUAUUCAUGUAAAAAAUACAGCAUAUUUAUGAUUGAAAGUGUUAUAUCCUAGGGAAAAAGUAAGUACGGAUAACUUACGGGACCUAUAAAUGGACUAUUAUUCUGUAUAUAUUCCUAUUGUAUAACUAUUCAGUAACUAGAUUAUGUAUAUCUAUAUUCAUUUUAUUAUAGGCUUCAUUUUGAUCUAUUAAUUAUUAUUAUACGAUUUACUGUU